AUGACCGUGAAUACCAUGCUUUCUUCAUCUCCUAUAUCCAUCAAAUCACCUUCAAAUACUACAGCCACCAACAACUCCAACACCAACAACACCUCAGCAACAUCCAAUCAGCAUGUCAAUAAUACAACACUUCAAGUUGCUCUCCGAAUUCGACCGAUUUCACACCACAAUGAUACCAACAUCAACAUUGAUGGACGACUUGUUACUAUCCAAGGAUCGAGUUUUGUGUUUGACCAAGUCUUUGGAUCUGACAGUACGCAGGAUCAAAUGUUUCGCAGCGUGGUGUCGGGUCUUGUUGAUCGUUUCAUUGAUGGCAAGUGUGCAUGCCCUGAUUCCAAUUUUAGCCACAUGAUCUCUGACGCCACUCCUACUUGUUCUUUUAUAGGCUACAAUUCAAUCCUCGUGACUCAGGGUGAACAGGGCUCGGGAAAAACAUACACCUUGGGAUAUGGUUUGAACGUCAAUGACGGUGCCGAAUUGGAAGGUGUGAUUCCACGAGCAACCACAGCACUUUUCGAGCGAUUAUACCGCCAUCAAAAUGCAUCAGCAGGUCAUCAUCAUCAUCGCCCAGCUACAUCUUUUACGUCUAGUUUCCGAUUGAGUAGUAGCACCAACACCAACAACAACAACAAUAGUCGCCUCUUACGUCCCGCAUCCAUGACUAGCCUUAUUCCUCGUCGUGGUUCAACACCUAAUUUAUCCAGCAAAGCACCUCGUUACACCAUCCGUGUAUCUCACGUUGCCUUGGAGAAUGAUCAAUUGCUGGAUCUGCUUAGCCACCAAGAAGGGCAAUCUGUUACUGUGCAUGAUCGAUACAAGGAUGAAAUGGGUAUUAGCCAAGUACUUGUUAGGAACACGGGGGAUGUCCUAAGGUAUCUUGAAUCAUCAAGUCAACAGCACAAAGCACAGCCCACCGUGUUUACAAUCACGCUACGACAAGAAAAGUGGGUACGCGUGAAAAAACCCAUUCGUGUAACACCCAGCAAAUCUACCCCUGUGGAGCAUUCUGUUUCAAUGCACGCCAAACGACGUCCCAUUAGUAGCACUCUCAAUGUCAAGGCGAUGGUGGGACAAAUGGAACGUCACCAACACUUUGCCAAGACAGAGGAGGAGCAACCUGGUGAAUGGGUCGUUACACAACAAAAGAUGCAUUUUGUGGAGCAUGAACAAGAUAUCAACACGAUGCAUCCAAUCCUUGUUCAAUUCCUACUACAACAGCAGCAGCAACAACAACAACCUCAGCUGAAACAACGUGUUGCCAUGAUUUCAUGUAUCGAUCCAUCUUCGGAUCAUGCAUUGGAAGCCAUUGAAUCAGCAUGUCGUGCUCGAUAUACACCCAACCCAUUACAACCACCAUCAUCCAAAGAUGACGAUGAAAGGAUUGCUCGCCUCAAAUCUCAACUUGACAUGAUGGAUAUGGAUGUGGAUAGCAGCAAUGACGAUCAACAACAAGACCCCCAAGAGGAAUUGUUUCGGUUGAGUAAUCAACUUGCUGUAGCACAGGAACGGCAACGCAUCAUGAAAGCUGCAGCUGCAGUUGAGCGACAACAACCACCUUUACCUACACCCAGCUCAUCUCUCGAACACCCAAAGGAAGAAGAGAGCACAACAUUGCUUGCUCAUAAGAUCACCAAAGCACUGGAGCAGGGUAAACCUAUGGAGCGUGCCAUUGCUACAAAGUUAGUCGAGAGUAUCAAGCAACAUAGUGGUAUCCAUGACGACGAGGAGCAGCGGAUGCAGGAACUCGAGUCACUUGCAGAACAACGCCAUGUCCAAUUGCAAGCUUUGCAGAAAAAGAUGGCUGCUCAAUCAGCCAGCUUGGAUGAAGCACGUGAACAAAAUCGAGAGUUACGUCGACAUAUGUGGGAUCAGGAAAAAGGAACCCAAGUGACUUUGCGACAUCGAUUGGAAGAGCUUGAACGUGUAAAACGGCAAUUGGAUGCAUUGCAGUCAGUGGCAACGACGCAAGAUACAAUGCUUGGAUGUCUCGGUGGCAAAUUGGAUGGCAUGGAUCAAGCCAUUAAUAUUGUCAAGCAGCAAGUAGCCGACCGUGACAACACUAUUACAUGUUUGGAAAGCGAGAAUAAGACCAAACAAAAGCUACUCGAUGAUGCAAGGAUUACCAUUGAUCGAUUGCAACGGCAUAUGCGUCGUGAGCGGGUGGAAAUUGCACGUAUGAUUGAGGCAGUGGAUAGUGAAGUCCGUCUCCAUGGCAACCGUAUGGAACGCACGGCCGAAGCAUUGGUGGAUCUUCAACAUCUCAGCCAACAACAAGCACGUCUACUUGAAGACCGACAAGAUCAAAUUGCAGAGUUAGAAGACAUGUUGCGUCGUGCCAAGGAGGAAUCCAAACACGAAGUGGAUAUCGAAUUGCAACGCACCAAAGCCCUUGAAAGCCGCGUUGCUGAACUUGAUGAACAAUUGUCUCGUGCAUUGACGCUACAAGAAAAGCGAGAGGGCGACCAGAAUGAUGAUAACGAGAUCCGACAUAUUAUUGAAGGAUUGCAAGCUCGUCUUCAAACGCUUCAACAAACUCAACAACAAGACCAGGAUGCAUUGCAAGCCCGUUAUGAACGUGCUCUCAAAGACCUUGAACAUAGCCAAGAAUUCAAUCGCAAGCAACAGGCGGCUAUCGAUGGAUUACAGAAGCAAUUGGAUGAGCAGCAAAAGGCAGCAGCAUUACAGCCAACGACCGAAGCUGUUGUGGAUGAAGAUGAGCUUAUGCAGCUUAUGGAGGGUGAUCCAAAGGCACUUGUGACACGAUGCAAGCAGCUUAUGCAUGAUAACCAGCAACUUGCGGAGAAUGUCAAUGAUCUCGAGGGACAAUUGCUUUUACAACGCAACAAGUUAUCUCUUGAACAAAAGAAUUUGGAACUUCAAGUAAUGCGUCUUAGCUCGGCCAAUAGCCGACUUGAAAAAGAAGUUGAGCAACGACAUCGUGCAAGCACCAGCUCUACAUUGAGUCAUCAUCAUCAGCAUCAUAUGUCACCACCCACAUCACCACGUAUGCAAUCUCCUAUUCAUCGAGAUUCACUCUUAUCAGCAUCACGUGAGCGUGCAAGUGCCCUUGUUUUACCACCACCUUCUGCACCACCCUCCAAUCCAUUACCACCUGUUCCAAGCGCAUUACCUCCUAUCCCUUCUGCACCCUCGUCACCUACACCCUCAUCAUCGCAUCCACCUAUUAUUCCAGGCUCUCCCCAAAUGCAUUUACAACGACACAAUUCUGCCACGACGAUUAGUACAUUGGAUGGUGCUGAAAAGACCUCUGAGCGAUAUGAGCGUAUCAUUCGAUCCCUACAACGCAAGAUCAAAACAGCGGAUGGCGAUGUGAAGGCCCAUCAAGAUGUGAUCGUGCGUCUUGAACAGCAACUAUCUCGAUCCGAGCAAUCUGUACGUGAAGUAAGACGACAACUUGAAUUGCAAGCACGUGAACAUCAGCAAUCGGUGAACGAAAUCCAACAGUUACGUGAUCAAAUGGAUCAACAGCAUCAACGUGCAACGGAUGACAUGCGUGCUGUACAAGACGUCCUUGAGCACGAACGCCGCAUGAAAGACAAGGCUGAAAAGGCACGCUAUAUUUUGGAGAAUCGUCUAGAAGAAUUGAUGACUACCAAAAAGUCCAAAUUCAUGUGCUUCUAA